GUCUUUCUGUUCUGCUGUUCGGAAGUUGUGGUGGAAGUUUAACUCUCAGGUCUGUCUGAUGAGUUCAGUUCACUUAGAAAGUUUGAGAGAGAGAUGAGCGGACAGACGGUCCCUGCGGACUUCUCCGGACACAUGUUGGAUCUGGAUGAGGACGAAGACCUGGAGGUUUUCAGCAAGAACACAUCUCUGUCAGAUGGAAGUCCCAUGCCCAACUCUCCCAGCUCCAUGGUCAACCAGUACAGACUGGAGGAGGAUCAGGUGGAGCAGCAGGAUGGCAACACCAAAGACAUCUUCAUCACCGUUGAUAACCCAGAGAACCAUGUUACUGCCAUCGAAACCUUCAUCAUGUACAGAGUUGUGACCAAGACCACGCGGUGCGAGUUUGAUUCCAGUGAGUAUGAGGUACGCCGACGCUACCAGGACUUCUUGUGGCUCCGAAGCAGACUGGAAGAAAACCACCCGACACUCAUCAUCCAUCCGCUGCCGGAGAAGUUUGUGAUGAAAGGCAUGGUGGAGCGCUUUAAUGAUGACUUCAUCGAGACCAGGAGGAAAGCUCUGCACCGCUUUCUCAACAAGAUCUCUGAACAUCCCAUACUGUCCUAUAGCCAGCACUUCAAAGUCUUCCUCACUGCACAGGAGUUGUUGUCUCUCAGGAAACAGGGUCCAGGCUUCCUGAGCAGGAUGGGGGAGACAGUGAGGGCGGUGGCCAACUCUGUACGAGGUCUGAGGAGCCGGCCGGAGGAGUUCACUCUGAUGCAGGAGUAUGUGGAGGACUUCAGUAACAAGGUCUGCUCUGUGGACAAAGUCACCCAGAGGAUCAUCAAGGAACAGAAAGAGUAUCUGGAUGAGCUAAAGCAGUACAACCCCACCUACAUCCAGUGGGCGGGGUCAGAGGAGGAGCUGGCAGAACCACUAAAGGGCGUGGCCAGCUGUGUGGAGCGAUGCAGUAAGGAAACAGAGGAGCAGAUCCAGCAUCUGUCUGAAGUCCUUGUCCCGGCCCUGCACGAGUACGUCCUCUGUGCAGAGACCCUGAAGGCUGUGAUGAGACGGAGAGACAACAUCCAGGCCGCGUUUGAAGCCAAGAAAGAGGUCCUGGCUUCCAGAAAAGUCGACCAAGAAGCGCUGCAGGAGGAGGUGGAUGGUCUGGCGGACCGGGUGGAACUGGCCAACAACGCCUUGAAGGGAGACUGGUCCCGUUGGCAGAACAGCAUGAGAACUGACCUCAAAUCAGCCUUUAUAUCCACUGCCGAGAAGAACGUGGAGUACUAUGAGAAGUGCCUGGCUGUGUGGGAGUCAUUCCUCCUGUCUCAGAGAGUGGAGCCCAGCGAGCAGAGAGAUGAGGAAGACCCAUCUUAAAGUGUGGGGAUGAUACACACCCUCUGUUGUCUGUCCAACACAUCCAAAUAUAGACUUUGAACCAAUGUCUACUUAUGCAAACAUGCAUCAUGUGCAAAACAAGCACACUCUGUCUUUUUGUCUCUCUUUCUUUCCAUCAGAGGUUAAUCCCAGUCUCACCACUUUAGUGAUGAUUGUGCAUCACUAAAACCAACACUGUGAUCCAAAUAUCCAGAUAUCAGUGUUUACACACCUCUGUGUGCAUUGACAAAAGUUAAAAGAAGGCUCUUCUGGCUCCACUCUGUUUUGUGGUGAAUUAUUUUUCAUAGAUACAGUAACUGUACUCUGUUUUGAUGACAUAGUGGUACUUUGAAAUAUUUCCCUCCAUUGUGGAUGGAGAACAGCUGUGUCCCAUUUCUGGGGAUGCCUCCUUGGAAGGAUGCUGAAUGCUAAGGUGUGGCGUUAUCAUAAGUUUUUGCCCCUCACCUCACAGAAAUCAAAACUAAAGAUGCGUUCAGGUGGCCCUCUUCAACUGCGUUAGUUGGAAUUUUCCAGCUUUACCAUCAGGAAAUUGCACUCAACUGACAAAAUAAGAGUGCAAAUUCCUUGUUACAGGAGUCUAAAAGCUCCAAAGUAAUGUAAUGUAGAUGAAAGUGAGGCUGUUUGCUGCCUUUUAAAAAUGCUGAUGGCUUAGAGUGACGUUACCAGGACAAAAAAUCUGAAGUUACUUUUUAGCUUGCCACAGUAAAUGAACAGAACGUCAGUUCUACAGUGUAGUUUGGGAUUAGGCUUUGUGGGUUGGGUUCAAAUCAUUUACAACGAAUCAUCUGUUAGUUCUCAUUUGUUCCAACUAGAUUUUUUGAAGAAUUAACAGUCCUAAUGUAUUCAUUUUAAAAUGCAGACAGAUGACAUCCCUGAAUUGGGACACAGCUACUGAUACCAAUGUAUUGCAUCAAUAAUACCAAUGUCAUGGAAACAUGUGACCGAACAUAAUCUUUUCCAACCCAUAACCAUAUAAUAACAUUUUAGCCAUGACCACCGUUUUUUCCCCCGUUUUUUUCUCAGUUAGUGGCAUGGUCAAGAGACUUGUCUGUGUGAAAGUUCACUCUUGAUCUUGGGAAUGGUAGUUUGACAAAACAAUCGCCACUCAAGGUCCACUAACUAUCGUUUUUCACACUGAGAUCUGGUUGAAAGUUCUGGGAAAAGCUAGUAAGUGGAGCAUAAGUUAAGAUUUAUUUUGUCAAAAACUUGUCUUUUUACUGUUUUGCUGACAGUAGCUUCAAAAGAUUGCUGUGCAGCUUUAGGACUUGGUUUUAGUAAGAGGCAUGGUUAUAGUCAUAGAUACAUCUAAAGCUGAGAUCAGACUACAAGAUAUCAGUCCAAUAAUGGUCUGACCCAAUAGGAAUGAAAAAGAGUUUUGGGCACGACAGUGUUUCAUUUUGUAGUGUAUCAUAGUGGAAGACAACUGACGUAGCAUCUGGAACACCUCACAAGAUCCCAACAAAAAAACGUGUGUCAGAAUUGUAUUGCCUUUAUUAUUUUUACAACUUCUACAACAUGUUCUGUGACAUUGACUACUAAGAGCACAGAGUGUUCUUCAAGUGUAAACAUGGAGACAAGAAAGAGGGAAAAAAAAUAAUUUCAGUGAACCUGAAACCAUUUAACUAUCACCCUUUGGUCAGGAACAUUAUACCAAAUUAAUCCUAUCUGUGAGUGUGACAUCAUCCUCUCCACGAUGAAUGGUUCCAGGUUCACUGUUAUUCAGAAAACCCUGAUAACCCUGACUACAUGUCGUGUAGUCUGAUCCUGGCACAAGUACAUGAUCAAAAUUUCAAUUAAUAUACCCGCCUUUGACUUAAAGCAAGUUCAGGUCUUGUGUCUAUAAUACAUUUUCUCUUUAUUUCACUGAAGAGGAAGUGUGUACACCAAAAAUUUCAUUACAAAAUUGCUAAAAAAAAAAUGCAUUAAACAUCACAUAUAGAUGACAUCGACAUCCAUCUAAAGUUAGUUUUCCUUUCAGACUAACAUGUAAGAUCAGAAUGGUAUGAAUAACACACAGUACUAUUGAUCUCCUGUUAAACUUGAGCAGAGCCUUAAAUGCUUUAUGAAAUUCUCUCAAGAAUGUUUGGUUGUUUGUGCUGAUAGAGAUUUCACGUUUACAUGUCUGAUGAAGACUAACUACAGUAUCUUCAAUGUCUUUGUAACAGAAUGCUUAAAUAAUCGUUUUAUACUGAUAUAAUCUUUUUCUCUCUUUUUUUGCUUUUAUUGUUAUUGAAUAUGUAAAAAAAAAAAAAAAAAAAAAGUCUGACUGAAAUUGAUUUUGAGAUGUUGAUAUAAUUAUAAAGACAGAUCUCACACUA